AAAAUAAUCACUGGACACUGGAGAUAGUGUGUUAGUUCACAUUCAUUGUUAUAGCAUUUUGUCUUAAUCUAGAUCCUCUCCAGCAAGCCAGCACAGGUUACCAAAAGAAGGUAACAAGGAUCCAAGGAAAUGGCACAAAAGUAGAUGCCAGAAUGGAAUUUCUAAUGAAUCAUAGGGAAGCCAGACUUCUCCCAGGUUCCAACAGACUUUGCAUGCAAGCUUGUUUUUAGCAACUGAAAGCAUCAGCAUUGCCAGAAAAUCCAACUUUGAAAAUAUCAGCUGAAAACCACAAUUCAGUUUCUCUUAAUACACAACAGACCACAGGCUCUGAUCCUCCGGUUGGUCCCAAUGGCCUGUGAGAUGCUCUGCUGGCUUCAGUGGGGCAGUAUUUGAUCAUUUGGAUCACUGCAAAUAGAGAUGAUGUUAGCAAGUUUGAGAAUACCAUCAAAACUGACGAAUCAGGCUGGAAACAGAAUACAGAAGGGUGCAGCAAUGGGUGGACAACUCAAUUUGCUGGGUAUAGAGUGGAGAAACAAAUACCUUUGAAAAACUGAAUCUAGUAAUAAGAAGAUCUGGCCCUGCAUUUGCUUGCAAAUUGCCUGCCGUUUAGUUCUGUAGACUGCUGUGACAGGAGGGAUUUAUUGGUAAUUCUUCAGAUCUUUAUGAGUUAUUUGCUAUAGGACAUCAUCCAAGUAUUAAUUUUUGCAGCUCUGGGGGGAACAUUUUAUGAUCUGACAGACAGACAGUAGCGCUUCAGCUGCCCCCACGUCUCCACAUUAACUAUGAAUGAGUUUCUGUGUUGCUGACACAGCAACAAGCCAGAGCUGGGCAAGAGGAGACAUCAGCUGGUGGUCCAGGCAGUGUCCUAGCACUCUCCCAGCUGUCAAUAACAGCAUGGCAGCUGCCUGGAGGAGAACAGCUGAAAUGACAAGGGAGAAGGUCCUUAAGCUCUGCUGAUCUUCCUUCUGACCUGUGAAUGAUUUUGCUUGUUUUCCCUGGCACAUACUGGGCUUACACCUCCAUCCCAGAGUAGGAGGCAGAAAGUGACCUCUUUGCUGUAUGAUCCUCCUUGCAGGACUGUGUGAAUGAAUAAGGAAUCCAAAGAACUAUUUGAGAAGCCAGUGUCAGGCAGCUAAGGUGGGAUUCAUCUGGUCAUCAGCAUUUCUUCAAUGCAGACAAUUCCAUCUGAACUAGGGGCCUCAGCUCCCUUUACUGUCAGUGGAGAGAAGCAACAAUAAUAUCCUCCCAGAGAAACCACCCAAACAGAUUGGAUGAACUGUGCUCUGGAAUACCUCUUCCCACAGUUUGACUAGUCCAGAGUAUAGAAAGGUGAAAGGCAGUAAGUCCUAUUAAUGCCUUGAUUGAUAAUUCAAGCUUUAUUUUUUAUCCAAAAGAAAAUGGAACCAAGGAUGAUAUUUUUCUUGCACUACCAUCUGCAGAUCUCAAAAUAUUGUAAAGGAACAUAUUCAGUAUUGUGAGAGAGCAAUGGAGGCAUGGAGAGUGUUGCCUGUAUUUCUUUAGGAAAAUUAAGGACUAUCCCACAUCUUUUAGUAUGGUUUGAGAACAUAAGUUUAUGCUGUUCAAGAGGCUCCUUGGCAUCCAGUCUAUCCUUUUAAGGAAAUGGGCCAUCAAUUGGCUUCCAUACCCAAGGGAUAUGGUCCAGGAAUAUAUCUGUCAUAAUAAUUUGUAAGAAAGCAGUGCACAGCCAGAACCACAUUAGGCAACCAGCAGGCAGGUGCAUUUAUCUGUUCCUUGAAUGGCACUAAUAUUAAAGCUCGAUCUAUACCAUAAAAUGUGCUGAGUAGAAACCAAAGCUAAGAGCAUUUUUUGCUGGAGAAACUCCACUAUUUUUUGAGAAGUCAUUCCUCAUUUAUUCCUGUACGAGACAGAGGAAUUGCAUGCAUCCAUGUGCAAUCAGGGGUUUAAAAGAUAAUUUCAAAGGGUUGUAAGCUCCCUCUGUCCAUCUUCUUAAUUAAGAAUGAUGGUUAUUGGAGAUCUUCCAUUGCUGAACACUCUUGUAAUUCAGUUAUUGCUCCAAAAGUAAUCCUGUUUAUGAUAAUCAUAGCAGGAGAGCUGAGCUUUGCCUUCAUAUGCACGCCUGUACAUCCAUGGUACUUGCUGAGAUCCGUGGGCUGAAUAUGGUUUUAUAACUGUUGAAUUUCAUUACAGUUAUUUUCAAAGCAUUAAAAUUAUUCUGAGGGAUUUGAUGGGAAAGAUGACCAUUGCUUUACCCACGUAAUUUGUCACUGACUCCAUCAGCACCAUGUAACUGCUGUGGUGUGCUGGUGGGACAUUUCUUCACCCUGCCCCAGUAAGACCCAUUUUAUUUUCACAGGAUGAGUUGGUGAGUGAGGAAAGCAGUUACUAUGACAAAUGCCAGGCUUGUAGGAGAACAGCUGGCCCUGCGGAUGAACCGACAGACUGCCUCCUCUGAAUCACUCUUUGGUGUCUGCGCUUGUGUUUUUGUUCCUCUGCCUUCUUCCUGGCUUUACCAGGGACAGACACACAGUCCUCAGCUCCCCCGUGACAGGGCCCCACUCCCCAUCUGUGUACAGAACAUCCUGUUUGUCGUGUCACAGUGUGGAAUGUCCUCCUUGUGACAUCACAGAACAGAGCAUCCUGUGUGUCACAGGAGGAUAUGCAUGGCCACAGCCUGUAACAUCACUGAGAGCAUUAUGAAUGGUGUCAGCAGAGGUGGGCCCUGCAUGGACAGGGGAAAUUCUUUUUGGCAGAGACACUGGCCCCAGACAGAUGUUCCUGGCACAAGCAUGCAUAUGGGGAAGGCAGCAAUGGGAAGUUGUAGCCAUAUUAGUGAGGACCGAGUCAUUGAACACUACAAGAAACUAAAUGGCCAGACAAGAGGCCAAGCAAUUGUGAAUUACAUGAGUAUUGUAGAAUCCCUCCCAACAUAUGGAGUGCAUUAUUACGCAGUAAAGGACAAGCAGGGAAUUCCGUGGUGGUUAGGACUUAGCUAUAAGGGGAUUUUUCAAUAUGACUACCAUGACAAAGUGAAACCAAGAAAGAUAUUCCAAUGGAGGCAGCUGGAGAACCUCUAUUUCCGCGAGAAGAAGUUCUCGGUGGAGGUGCACGAUCCGCGCAGGGCAUCUGUGACCAGGAGGACUUUUGGGCAUAGUGGUAUUGCUGUGCAUACGUGGUACGCCUGUCCAGCACUGAUAAAGUCUAUCUGGGCUAUGGCCAUUAGUCAACAUCAGUUCUACCUGGACAGAAAGCAAAGCAAGUCCAAGAUUCAUGCUGCAAGAAGCCUGAGUGAGAUUGCAAUUGACCUGACCGAAACUGGAACGCUCAAGACCUCAAAGUUGGCCAACAUGGGGAGCAAAGGGAAAAUUAUCAGCGGCAGCAGCGGGAGUCUUCUGUCAUCAGGUUCCCAAGAGUCAGAUAGUUCUCAAUCUGCCAAGAAAGACAUGCUGGCUGCACUGAAAUCCAGGCAAGAAGCCUUGGAAGAGACGCUGCGCCAACGCUUGGAAGAGCUGAAGAAACUGUGUCUCCGAGAAGCGGAGCUCACAGGAAAGCUGCCACGAGAAUAUCCCCUCGAUCCUGGGGAGGAGCCACCCAUUGUAAGGAGAAGAAUAGGAACUGCCUUUAAACUGGAUGAGCAGAAAAUCCUGCCUAAGGGAGAGGAGGCAGAGCUGGAACGCCUGGAGAGGGAGUUUGCCAUUCAGUCCCAGAUAACAGAGGCUGCCCGGCGCCUGGCGAGUGACCCGAACGUCAGCAAAAAACUGAAGAAACAGAGGAAGACUUCCUACCUGAAUGCACUGAAGAAACUACAGGAGAUUGAAAACGCCAUUAAUGAGUAUCGCAUCAAAUCUGGAAAGAAGCCAACCCAGAGAGCUUCCUUGAUCAUAGAUGAAGGAAACAUUGCCAGUGAAGACAGUUCCCUCUCGGAUGCCCUUGUUCUUGAGGAUGAGGAUUCUCAGGUCACCAGCACAAUAUCCCCUCUCCACUCCCCACACAAAGGACUCCCACCCCGGCCACCCUUGCACAACAGGCCUCCGCCUCCACAGUCACUGGAAGGCCUCCGCCAAAUGCAUUACCACCGUAACGACUAUGACAAGUCCCCCAUCAAACCCAAGAUGUGGAGCGAGUCAUCCUUGGAUGAACCCUAUGAGAAGGUCAAGAAACGCUCCUCACACAGUCAUUCCAGCAAUCACAAGAGGUUCCCCAGCACCGGGAGCUGCGCUGAGGCAGGAGGGAGCAGCUCCCUACAGAACAGCCCCAUCAGGAGCCUUCCCCACUGGAACUCCCAGUCCAGCAUGCCCUCGACGCCGGAUCUACGGGUACGCAGUCCACACUACGUCCACUCCACACGGUCAGUAGACAUCAGCCCGACCAGACUGCACAGCUUAGCUCAGCACUUUAGACACCGGAGCUCCAGUUUGGAGUCACAAGGCAAGCUCCUCGGCUCAGAAAAUGAGACAGGGAGCCCUGAUUUCUACACCCCAAGGACUCGUAGCAGUAACGGCUCUGACCCUAUGGAUGACUGCUCAUCCUGCACCAGCCAUUCCAGCUCUGAGCAUUACUACCCUGCUCAGAUGAACCCCAACUAUUCCACCCUGGCAGAGGACUCCCCAUCGAAAGCCAGAGAACGACAGAGGCAAAGGCACAAAUCAGCAGGCAACCUGGUCUCUUCCAAUUCAGGGAGCAUGCCCAACCUGGCUGCGAGGAAUGGAACUGGGCACCACCGGGUCUACCUGCACAGCCAGAGCCAACCCUCUUCCCAAUACAGGAUCAAAGAGUAUCCCCUGUACAUCGAGGGCAGCUCCACACCCGUGGUGGUGCGCAGCCUGGAGAACGACCAGGAGGGACACUACAGUGUGAAAGCACAAUUCAAAACCUCCAACUCCUACACAGCGGGGGGGAUGUUUAAGGAGAACUGGCAUGGGGACGAAGCGGAUUCCGUUCGGCUCACCCCCUCCCGCUCCCAAAUCAUAAGGACUCCAUCUCUGGGCAGGGAGGGCCACGAGAAGGGCUCGGGUAGGACUGCCGUGUCAGAUGAGCUGCGGCUCUGGUACCAGCGGUCCACAGCCUCCCACAAGGAGCACAGCCGCCUCUCGCACACGAGCUCCACUUCCUCGGACAGCAGCUCCCAGUACAGCACAUCUUCUCAAAGCACCUUUGUGGCGCACAGCAGGGUCACGAGAAUGCCUCAGAUGUGUAAAGCAACAUCAGCUGCCUUACCUCACAGCCAGAGGAGUUCAACACCAUCGAGUGAACUUGCAGCCACGCCACCAGGCAGUCCCCACCACAUUCUUGCAUGGCAGACUGGGACUUACAAUGAUAGCUGUUUCCUGGAUUCUCCCCUCUAUCCAGAAUUAGCAGAUGUCCAGUGGUAUGGACAGGAAAAAGCCAAGCCUGGGACUCUAGUGUGAACCCCUGACCUCAAAUUAAUCACAUCAAUGCCAUUCUGAGAUCACCUCACUGCCUCUCAUUUGCCUUACCCAGAUGCACUGUCACCCAGCACCAGCUUCAACUCUAAGCACUUUUCUCACGAUGCAAUUCAAGAUGACAUUACAGAGCAUUGGCCCUGAGACAUCCACCACGACCGAGCAGGAUGGCAGCGCGUCCCAUCGCCAGCCCAGCACAUCCCUGCAGAGCCUGUGGCACAGCGGGUGCAAUCAAGGCACACGUGUGAGCAGCCAUCUCAGCAGCUGGCAAUGGAAAAAAUGAUUUUUUUCCUUUUAAACAACGGGAGCCUGUCCAGGCUUACAUCAGAUCUUGCUGUUUCUGUGGCAUGUAACGGCAGUCAGAUUUCCAUGACCUGCAAUCUGAUCCAACAGAGUAUUAAUUUAAAAAGGGGGGGGGGGGGGGAGGGGUCAACACAAAUUGAAACAGAGGCUGAGAAUUACUCCUGAAAGUGCUUCUUUCAUGAAAAAAUACAAAAAAAAAGGUAAAAUCCUCUCACUUCAAAUACAUCUAAGAGUCUCGCAGUCAGAUCAGCGCUGCCAAAGUCACCCAACCAGUGUCAAUGGGAUGAGUUUGUUCAGCGAGUUCUCGCUACAAGAACAUCUCUUAUUUAACUCAACAACAGACACAACCACCUCCUGCAAAACAGCACCUACUUCUUUGCUUUGAGCCCAUCCAAACAGAACCCCACGCACUGAAGACACUCUGGAGGUCUGGGUUGGUAUCACAGCAUCUACAAGCUACUAUCAGACUGGACAAACAAGGUGUACAAAGGCAUUAUCUACAGCAGAGGUGAGAACUGCUCCUCACAGCAUCUCUGUGGCUGGCAAAGCUGCUUACCAACACACAGAGCUUAGGGUAGUGCUGUUGGUUCUCUCAGACUCUGUGGAAGAUAAAAAUGGUCAAAAAACCUUUCUACAAGCAGAUACAGCCAAUGAAUUCUAACCUGUCUCUGCACAAAGCAUUAACGUCAAAUCAAAGGGAAAGCACAUCACAAUCUAAUUGACACGGUGAAGCUGCAUUAACAUAUCUGUUCCAAUUAUCUCACCUUCGUUAGCACCAGUGUAGCAAAGGGCUCGUCACCAGCGCACCGCUGGCUGGGAGAACCGGUCUGUCAGGAAGCAUGGGAGCAGCUUGGGUUUAGCAAGCAGCAGACGAAGCAAAAUUUCACAUGGAAAGCAACCACAAGAAAGAGAAGUCACCGAAUGAGGCGUUCAACGCGAGCAGGAGCUGCCUACUGAUACCACAAGGAGUUGGACGGGGGAGUCAUGGAAGGAGCUGCAAGUUUACACUUACCUUUGAGCAAUGCUUUAUACAUGUCAAGCCAUGGAACUUUCAAAGGCCUCAAAGACACUUUUGUAAUGAACAAGUGCACAAUCUCGGUGGAUGUUGAAGCUGGCACGUCUAGUCUUCACUGCGGUGCUAUGCUGUUUUUAUUGCCACUAGAUGGGGGAGGCGCCCGGCCGUUCCCCAUUUGCGCGUGCAAACAAUGAUUUCCUAUGGGAAAGGCAUUACAGAAACGGCUGGAGGGGGUUACUAUGUGAAAAGCAGAAACUGAAGUUAGCUUUAGUUGAAAACAAAACAGAAGUGCGAGUGUGUGUGCGUGUUCCAAGAAUAACAACAGCGUCUACCAGACCGCGUAGGGCAAAACGUUCAAAAUGAAACACCGUGACUUGGGGGCUGCCACACCUUUCGGCAUCAGGAUUGCUGGAAAACUGCAUUCCAGGCUUUAAAAGAGAAUGGGUUCUUCGUAAUUAGACUUGGAAAGAUGAUGGGGUUUCUAAAAAUGAAUGCGAGCCCGCUCGUGCUAAUUCCUUUCCCCAGUGUGCAUUUGGGAUGUUUGCUUCAGCCCUGAGCCCACGCCUGCAGUUCUGCUGCCUGGCAUCAGUGGUAGGGCUGCUCUGACACACUUCUCUCUGUGCUUUGGGCUUGUUAGCAUGGGAAUUGGCUUAAACUCCUAAUUGGAUUUUUAGGUGGAUGGGAGAUAGCACUGAUUACUGACGUGCGCUGCUAAGAUUCCGCAGCUAAAGUGAAAGAAUUAAAUAAGGACCAAAUUAAGCAGCAGCAAAUUAGCCCAUGGAUUUUUUUAGGGGCUCUGAGCAACUGUCUGUUUUCUUUUUAAUUUCCCCGCUAAGUGGCUUUGGGUUGGUUGUUUUUUUUUUUUUAAUUAUUUUCUGUGUACCUUUAAUUAAAAAGAAUUCAACAACAGCGGCACUACGGGGCCUCUGGGCACUACAGGAGCAGUAAUUCCUCCAAGACAAGAUCUGCAGUUUUGCAGCAAAGGUUCAAAGGUGGCAGCCCUGAAAUUAGGGGAGAAAAAAAAAAACCAAGUCAGCCUGAAUUGCAAACAGGCUCGAGUCGAGAAAGCUUUCAAGAAAUGGAUUGGGUUUUGCUUUGUGUUCUGCUUUUCUGUUCUGCAAUCAAGGCACACGUGAGCAGCCAGUCUGGUAGUAAAGACAGAUUAAGUAAAACAGGUUUUACUGUUUAGCUCAAUUCAAUUAAACACAAAUGUACAUAAAAUGUUAAUCAUGUGAGAUUAACAUAUUGAAGUAUAACGCGGAGGGGUGCAUAACUAGCUAUUAUAUACGAGCACUUGACUACCAACGUGACCCCUCCUUUCCUUUUUUAGUUUUCAAGGCUCCAUCUGCCAUGAAGCCACCGUUGCGUUCUCAGUCUCCCCGUCUGCAGGUCCCUCUGGUUGGGCAGCAGUCUGGCACGGCCCCCCGCCGCGCUCUGCUGUGGGCAGGGUUUCUUUUUAAACGCUGUGAUAUGCAGUCGAGUGUUGAAAAUGUUGAAUCAGUCCGAUUUGUUUUCACUCUGUAUUAGUUUUAGUUUCAGGCGUAGCCGAUCCCCAUUCAGGUGCUAUCAGAUGACCAGUUACUGCUUAGUUACCUAGAUGUAAAGUUUUACAUAUAUAUUAAUGUCAAUAGUUUUAUUACCAGUUGUGUAAAACGGACUCUCUAGUUUAAGAAAAAGAAAAAAAGAAGGAAAAAAAAAUAAUAAUAAUUAGGUCUCUCCUGAAAUUGACUUUAGAGCAUGUAAAAUGAUUUUACUGGAUUCUGUUAAACUGUAAUCAAGGAAAAGAUAUGUAUGUUGUAGAAAAAGUUGCAGAAUUAAAAAAGAUCUGCUUUUAAUUUAUUCUUUUUGUAUUAAGAAUUUGUAUAGUUACCUUUACAUUUUGCAAAACGGUGUUGUCAACACUUCCUUAUUAAAGCAUUUUCAAAAUGAAACCUCGCCGUGGUCUUUUCAACCCCAGGAAUCCCUUCCAUGCUGAGCAGCGGGGCUGCAGGGAGCGCUGAGCCUUCCCCAGAAACAGCCCCACACACCCUGUGGGCACAGGGCUGGGCCAGAUGCAGAAGGCAGUGCUGCUGCUCUGCUGGGUUCGCUGAGUGAGAGGGCUUUGCCUUCUGCAUCGCGCUGCGACAGCCACUGCUGUGUGUCGUGGACAGCACUGAUCCCUGGCGCUUCUUAACCUGCACAGGCUCUCCAUGCAGGCCCCUCCACUUCCCAGCACAGUGCCUUCCCUUCUUCCCACCUCCUCUCGUUGCACAGGACCCUGCACUGUCUGUCUGGGAAGCUCCUUACCACCAAAAGCCCUCCGUAUCACAGGGAGACCUCAGCUGCACCAAAGCGGGUUGAGCUAGGAAAGCACCUGCCCCCCAUCCAGCGUCAUUCGUUGGGGACGAGAUCUUCUGUAGCAGACACGUGUUGGGUUGGGGCAGGGUGAGAUGGCAACGCUAAACCUGUCAGACAUCAUCCUGGCUCUGGGGAUUGGUGUGAUAUUACUGCAAGAGCUGGGGCAGCCCGCUGCUCUCCUCCAAAGCAGAGCAGCAGCUCCAGGAGUUUCAUGGCAUCGGUUCCUCUGCAUCUCCCCACCCCUCGUGGUGCUUCCUGGGGGGACCCAGACAAGAGCAGUGAUGCUGACAGCUCACACUGUGCCACCAGGACACGGGGUCAAAGAUACCACAUGUAGCUCUGUCACCACCUCCAGCAACAUCAGAAAUUGUCUCUAUCUCAACCAAGCUCAUCUUUCGUUGACUGGAUCUACCGUGGAGACUGAAUGGCAACUGGCAUCACAGGAACCCCAUUUUGCAGUCAAAAUAAAUUAGAAUCAUUGAGCUUGGAAAAGACAACCAGCCCAACCAUCAGCCCUUCCCACCGUGCCCACAGUGCCACAUCUGCCUGCUUCCUGAACACCAACAGGGACGG